CAUUUUGACCGAGAAGUGAGCGUUCCGAGUCGAAAUAUCUCGCACGUAGUGUUGCCGCUUUUCCGCGUGCGUGAUUGGCCGGUCGAAGCCGGGUGAUCGAGAUCGCGGCGAGUUCCGCGAAUUUCGUGCGUGUGCGUCGUGAUCAAUCGUGAUGUGACAGUUCGCGUCGUGUCGUUAGGAGGUUAAUAUUAUUAUUAAUGUGAUCUCUCAUCAUUAAAUACGAUCGUUUAAUUCGCGAAUUUCGUUCGCGUCACGCAAGGAUCGAAGUGACGACGGCGAUCGAGAUCGCGGCGAGUUUGGCAAGUUAAUUUCGCGCGUGUAUCGCGUGAUGUGACGUGUGUUCGCGUGGUGUGUUUUGCGAGAUAUACCGAUGAAGUUAAUGUUCGAGAAGAUCUGAUGGAAUUAGCUGUUGGUGCUCAUGGCACAAAUAUUCAACAAGCGUGAAAAGUUGAUGUCGUUACAAAUAUAGUUAGAAGAAAAUUCAUGCACAUUUAAGAUAUAUAGAGAGACGCAUGAAGCUGUUAAGAAAGACCGAUCUAUGUUGGAAUACAGCGGUAACCUAAAAAUAGAUGGUGACAGUGACAGAGUCGUAACCAUUGCCGCGUGAUAGAUGAUAGUGAUAGUGAAAUAUAUAUUGACGGCAGGGAGCUGAUGCCGAGGAGAUCUUUCAGAAGGAAAGUGUAUCCAAAAUCGCACACGGAGCUGAUACCGAAGAGAUCGUUAAGAAGGAAGGUGUAUCCAAAAUUGCACAUGGGACUUGUGAGUUAUGCGAAGCAAUUGAUACUGUUAAGGUUAAGGUUCAUUGGUCAUAUGAAGUUUGCACACGUCAAGCUUGACAUCCUAAAGACAUCCUACACAAUGCAUUCUGAAAACGAUACCGUGCAGGUUCGUUGGCGUAUACGUGGUGUCAUCACAGGCUGGAAGAUGGUACGACGGCUUUUUUAUUUUUUACGUUAA